AUGGAUCGUGGGACGUUCGCCCAGUUUUUGAUGAUUUCGUCAGCCUUGCUUGCGGAGCGUGCAUCUCCGACUGGCGUGGACAAGGGUAACCUCUAUUUCGACGAGCUCCUAUCCAUCGGCGCGACUCAAGAGUCCUUAAAACUGCAGCUGGGUUCGGUGCCCGUGCCACCCUUUCAAGUGGAUCUGUGGCAGGCCAGUGCAGGAAGAAGCGACCUCCGUGUCGAGUUCACCAAAGGAACGCUCGACGGACUACCCGGCGGCGUGCGCCGCUUUGGAAACGCCAGUGCUCCUGGCUACCUGCACGGGAACCUAACCUUAGGAUCUCAUGUACGAUUCGUCGAUGUGAAGAUCACAUGUAGUGGUAAAGCGAUGGGAGCGAGCGCGGCCAGAUUCAAUAAUGAACUGACCAUUCAGACGUCACUGAUGGCAACGACUGCACUCCUAGAAGUUAUGGCCUUCCCUCCAGGAACGCCAAAUCUCUUUACCUUCAUGUUGAAUGGACCUGUGAAUAUUACCGUGCUCACACCCGAUCACGCAUCUAUGAGUAACGAAGAACGGUCUCUCUACAAGGAACAAACGAAAAAGCAUCUGAGCGGCUUCGUGGAGACUUUGCUUUCGACCAAGUACAGAGAAGCUUUGAGAGCGGCCGUUUCGAAUAAACCUCUUCCUAAUCCGUGACUGCUCAUAUUGUCACGGGUGGUGACCAA